UUAUCGGCUUUGUGACGCAGAUCAUCCGCCGCUUUAAACAAAUAAAUGGUCCGGAUUACCAUCAAUAUGGCGUAGAUAAGACUAUUGCCCUUGUCUAUAAAACGGGCGACACGCUUCGAUUAACUUUCAGUUCGUAUCAAUAACCCGUCACGAUGAAAGCGCAAAUAUUAGCAAUCGCCUUUUUGGCCGCCGUCGCCUACGCAGCCUCGUUCUCCAAUCCUUGCCCGGUCGAGGACGGCGAAUUCGCCGUUUACAUUCGUAAUCCUUACAACUGCUCUUCCUACUACGUCUGCAGCAACGGCGUACCCCUUUUGAUGGCCUGCCCCGAGGGUCUGCACUGGAAUGUUUGGGUCAACACGUGCGACUGGCCAGCGAGUGCAAAGUGCAAACCUAUAACACUUGACUAGAAUAAUCCCGCCGACGAAAGUGCACGAUGACAUUCUCGAUAACGAUCCGAUCUACGACAAAUCUCGAUUUUGCGGAAGCGACAUGAAUCUGUGACGAAUCGCAGAUGCUCGAUGUAAAAUGAAUAAAGAAAAAUUUCUCAGCCGA